ACUGUCUGUAAGCAAAGUAGUUGCCAAAGUUGCGCAAUAACAAGUUCAGCGCGAGUGACAUAAAGUUAGCCACCACACCCAGCGUCGCGUCAACAAGCAAAUCAACUACACAGCUGCAAAUGCAAGUUAAAUAUUAGCAAAGUCCCAGCUAUGCGCACGUUAUCUGAAUCAUCAUGAAGAAUUGGCUGAGCUGCGUCGGCAGAAAUAUUGCGGCGAUCGUUGCAAAUAGGGUGGCGCAAAGGCGAAGCGGAAAGCAACGCAUCACACAAAGGUGCAUAGGAAGACGGAAACGCAUAACAGCAUGUCCAUAUCGAAAUUGCGUAGCCGGCCAGCAGUUCUGACGCGGCAGGAGCAUGUGAAAAGUCCCACUGGUGGUGGAACGGAGGUAGUUGGUGGGGGUGUGGGUGGCGGUGAUGGUGGUGCCACCGUUGUCGAUGUACAUAAAACUGCCAAAUCAACAACGCCCGCUCUGACCACAAAACUACUGAAUGCUGCAGCGACGAAUGCGGCUGUUGUUGCCGCCGCUACUGCGGCCACAGUAGCUGCAAAGCAACAGCAACAACAACAACAGCAACAGCAAACGAAUCAACUUCCACAAGCCGCACAAACCUAUUUACCUCAAACAUCACUGCUGAAAAUUGAACCAUUUGUUCCUAGUCUCACCACACGACUGCGUCGUCCUUUUGGGCGUUCCUAUACUACACUGUGCAAUACAACAACGACUGCGGCAGCUGGUAGUAGCAACAACAACAACAACAACAACAACAAACGUAAAAUAGCAGCCAACCCAAAUACUGCAGCUGCCGCACUCAAUUCCCCACUGCUGGGCGCUGCGAUUGAUAGUCAACUUGCCAAAGCGAAUGCUGCUAGUACGCGUGCAGCAGUCGCCGCACGCCUGCGACGUAAUCCGGUGCGUACAACGGUCAAACGCCAACGUUCGAAAUCCACAUCCUCCUCUGCUUCUGCCACGCAUCGGCGACCAGCAACAGCGUAUCGAAAUUUGUCACCGAAUAUGUUGUUGAACGGCGAACACACGACGGCACCGACUAACGGCACGGCGGCUAUUGUCACAUUGCAGCCAAAUGGUAUUUGUCGCAUAACACGCACCGUAGAAGACCGCGAAAAGCAACCGGAUCGCAUUAAUUAUGAUCGACGCGGCCUGAGCGCAAUACCGAUAUUCGAAUACGAAACACAGCUGCGGCUGUUGUCGCUGCAACAUAAUCUCAUCAAUAUAUUUCACAUACCAAAAGAAGAACCACCACCACUACCGCCACCGCCACCAACACCCACACCAGCACUAACGACAAUAUUACCUGCAUCGUCGCCCGCCGAGACACAGCCGGAAGUUUGCCACAUACCGGACGUGCAAUCGGAAUUCGGUAGAAGUGAACGAAAUUCGUCCACGCUAACUAACGGUGUCAGUUCACCGAAGCCACUUAGACGUCAAAAUGAGCGCACCGUUGUUAUCGGAAGGCCAACCGGAUCGGGUAGUAACGCCGGUGUGCGGCUAUCACUUGCUUUAGGUACAACGAAUGCGCGUCAACUGAAUGGUCAUGCGUUAACGCCACCGCCCCCGCCACCCACGCCACUGGGACAGAUACAACCACUGCCACAUCCGCCACCACCACAAUUGUACCAGCAACUGCUUCAGCAGCGUCUAAACGGCAUUGCGGGAAACAAUUUAGUUAAAAACUUACAUUACAAUGCUCCAUUGCUGCCGCUGGCACGGCAACCGACGCCAUGUCGUUUUGCGCUCAAGCGCUCCAAAAGUUUUAUGACCAAUAUGCCACGUCAACUGCAUAGCAUACAGCAAAAUUUGUUGAAGACACAAUUGGCGCGCGUUAAACUCGGCGCGGUCGGUGGCGAUGCGCGUUUAAAAAGUUUCGAUUCGAACGCCAGCGCGCUUACCAACGCCACAGACUCGUCAUCCUCUACUUUGGCUACCUCAACGACGACGACAACAACAACAGGUGGCACCAAUAAAACGAACAAUUCGAAUGGCACCACUUUCGUGGGUAGUGAGUUGGACGAAGACGAUCCCCUACAGCAGCUGACCGUCAAGAAUAGACAGCUAGCUGCAUCUUAUGGCGCAAUUUUCCAACAUCUCGUUUUUCUCGAUCUCUACGACAAUCAAAUCGAACGCAUAGGCAACUUGGACGGCCUUCCCGCGCUCUCCGUGCUGUUGCUGGGCAAAAAUCGUCUCACCGAUAUCAGCGGUCUUAGCUCUGUGAAGCAAACGCUACGCGUGCUCGAUCUGCAUGGCAAUAAAAUCACCAGCAUCGCCGGUAAGCUGAAUUGUCUGCAGGAGCUUAAGUCGCUCAAUCUGGCUGGCAAUUUGCUACGCCAGAUAGGUCACAAUGAUUUUUGUGGACUGGCUCAAUUGCGCGAAUUAAAUUUGAAGCGUAAUAAAAUCAAGCGCAUCAAUGGAUUUCAUUAUCUCACAGCAUUGGAACGUCUUUGGCUGUGUCACAACGAGCUGCAUCGCGUAGACGACAUGGCUUCGAUCGCCAAGGCAACACAGUUGCUGGAGGUAACCAUUGAGAAUAAUCCCGUUUCGCUGGCGGGCGAUUGUGUCUCAUUCUUGGUCAGCUACUUACCGCAUCUGCAAUCGCUCAGUCAGAUGCCCAUCACCGAGCAGGUACGCAGCGCUGCAAUGUCUUGGCGAAGAAAUAAAGAGAUUUCAGAUACGCAUUAUGCUCACCUUUCGCCCGACGCCUACCAGAGUAUCAAGCGCGAGGAGGUUAUCUCGAAUGCGCGCACGAAUUGGGAGUUGCUAAGGUCACAGCAAACGAUACAGCAAUACGGUGCAACGCAUAAACAGACACCACAACAGCAACCACAACUGCUCUCCACUUACACAACAGCGCCACGUAUUGCGAAGCCCAGCGAACUGGCGCGUAUAAAUGAAUCCAAUGAGGCAGUGGGCGAUGCAUCGGCAGAGGGUGCAUUGCUUGUGGCUGGAUUUGAAUCAGGAUUGCAAGAAUUUAUUAAAUUGCCGCCUAUAGAGCAGCAGCAACAAAAGCACCAACACAAACCGCGCAGUGAGUUACAGCAGACACAGACAGGGACACCGAAAUCAGGACAGUCGGCAUCAAUUGCGCCUAAUGCGGUUGGCAAAGAGAAGUCAACAACAACAACACUCAUCAGACAGCAACCACAUAAUGUGAGCAAUGUGAGCAGCAUGGCCAAGUUCGACGAAAGCAAGAGCAACAACAAUGUUGACAAUACAACAACAGGCAGCAACAGCAAUAGCGCACGUUGUUCCGGUUCGUCCGGGUCCAGUUUGGGACCGAAUGUUCACUCCUCGUCCAGCUGCUUCAGUUCGGACAACGAGGACUCCACCGACCCGCAACAACGCGUCACGCGCAUACACAAAUGCCAGAAGGUAGCUGGCCAACAGCAGCGACGUGGUGCGGCAAAAGAAGUUGCGUGUGAAAAUGCUGCUGUAAAGGGCAAAAGCAAAAAAGCCGCGGCACAGAAGACAAAAACAAUCGACAGUGAGGCCACGCCUGCCCACAAACUAAAUGGCGGCGCUGAAGGAGACGAACAAAUAUCUAAUAUAACCGGCAGCAAAGUGACCACUGGGUCAGAAUUGAAGGCGAAUAGAGUUACCACAAUGCAUACAUCAAAUGAUGCCAAAACAACAAACUCCGACAAUGUAAAUUUUCCGACAGACAAACAGCCAUCAAGUACAGCUGCCGAAGAAAAUGCUACAGCGAAGGCCGCCGCCGAGUCUCAGUCAGUCAGUCAGGUGGACAAUAACUCUUCAAUGCUAAUGCCGCGCCGCACUGCCAGUGCCAGCAAAACAAUGGCGAUGCCACAACAGAAAGCAGCAACAACAGCCACAAUUGCAAGCGCAUCCACAGCUCAAAUUACCGGCCACGGCAGCUUACUAAGUCUGGGAUUUAAAGAGCACACGAGCGCAUCUGUGCAGCCGUCACAACCAACAAGCAGCAAUGGAAACGGCGCGGCAACGGGGCAAGCGGCGCCAGGCAGCGCAACAACGCGUACAACUUGUCGCCGCCUAAUGAGGUCACAUACAGUCGUGGGCGCCAGCAGUGGUGGCAUAAAUAACUGCUUACCAGCCGCAGCUAAUAACGGAAAUGAAGCGUACGCCAAUAGGCGCACAGCAAACACCAACAACAACAACAACAAAGUCACCACAAAUGCCACGUCGUCAACGACAACAGCAACAACAACAACGCCAUGUAACGGUCAAGUGCCAACUCAGCCGACUGUCACAUGCAUAGUGGCGCCGCCGCCACUUAGCACAGGCAACACUACAAAUAACAGCCACCACUCCAUAUUGGGUGGCCAACGCGCAACGGCGGCCAACAAGGCGGAACGUGAGGCGCGCGAACGCAACGAAUUCAACGCGUCACCAAUAGAAUCUGAUGGGCUCUCGACAGUGCCGGAGUCGCAUAACUCAAAACACAUGUUCGAUUAUUUUAAAUGUGAUACCCGAAAAAUGACCGACAUAAUGUCUUUUUUGUGCUUUCCUGAGCAUUCACCAUCACAAUCGAAGGACUUUAAAGACAAAAAUCUACCAAAACAUAGCACAGAGACAGAGAAGUUAUUUUAA